AUUUAUUUGAUGCUCGCUUACUUACAACCCAUGGAUCUAUUAAUGCAUUUAAUCAUCUCAUAGGUGUAUUAAGAGAAUGUAUUUUAAAUGCUACACCCACAGAAACUCAUAAAUUUAUAAAAAAAUUGGCGGAUAUGGAAAAAUUAAAAAGAGUAUAUACACAAAAUAUAGAUAAUCUUGAGGAACUAGUAAGAUUAUACGUAGAUUGGCAAUUUGAAAAAGUUAAAAAUAAUAAAGCUCAACAAGAUAAAGUGCCAAAAUGCACUAAAUAUGAAGAAAGAGAAAAUGUUUGGAUCAAACAAGAAAAGUAUCCUAAUACAAUUGGACAGCUAAACCCGACAAUAGUCCUGUACGGUGAUUCAUAUCCUAAAGGAUUGAAAAUUAAUCAAAUCACAGUACAAAAUCAGCAUAAAGCUGAUUGUUUGAUUAUAAUUGGUCUUCUUUAA